AACCGAAUUCGAAAUGACUCGAGUCUCGAUUAUGUGAUAUAUUUUGACAAUCUUUUCUUUGGUUCUUUUCCUUUGAGGUUUUCGCUGUGAAACAUGGCACCAACCGCUAAGUCCAAUAAAGGAGGCGAUUCCAAACCUACCUCAGCCAAAACGGCUGAAAAAUCAAAAGCAGCACCUGCUGCUGCCGCUAAAGGCAAAGUUGAAAAACCCAAAACUGAAACUAAACCUGCUGCCGCUGCUAAUAAUGUAAAGAAAGCGCCAGAAGCCGCUAAAGAAGUAAAGGCUGCAGCAAAACCAACAGCAGCCGCUGCUCCAAAAGCAGCAGCACCAGCUAAGGAUGCUAAGAAGGCACCUGCGGCAGCACCUAAAAAAGAUGCUAAAGCUGCUGCUCCAGCAAAAGAUACAAAGAAGGCUGCUGCGCCAGCUGCAGCAAAACCAGCUGCCGCUCCUGCUGCUGCAAAGAAAGCUGAACCAGCAAAACCUGCCGCACCAGCUGCUGAGAAGAAGCCACAUAAGGCUGUAGCCAAACCAGUAGCUCCUGCUAAACAAGAAAAGAAGAAGUCAGUAGUUGCCGCCGCUGCUGCUGCUACCGGUAAGGUUGGCAAGAAGCAAGUGUUGCGUGGCAAGGGAUUGAAAAAGAAGAAGGUGCAACUCCGUUUUACUAUUGACUGCAACCAUAUUGCUGAAGAUAAUAUUAUGGAUGUCUCCGACUUCGAAAAAUACAUUAAAGGGCGCUUGAAGAUAAACGGAAAAGUGAACAAUUUAGGCAACAGCGUCACCUUUGAGUGCGAGAAAAAUAUUUUGGCUGUCAACUCAGAUGUACACUUCUCCAAGGCCUACCUUAAAUACUUAACUAAGAAAUACUUGAAGAAGAACAGUCUUCGUGAUUGGAUCCGUGUCGUUGCUAGUGCUAAAGAAGCUUAUGAGCUACGUUACUUCAGAAUCAGUUCUAACGAUGAUGAAGAUGAAGAUGCUGAGUAAACAUGAAAUCCUUUAUACAUUUUAUAUGUUUUAAGCGAGUGAAUUUUUUUACCAUAUGAAAAAUGUGUGACAACUUUUACUCAAAGUAAAAAUAAAAUAUAAAAA